UAAAAAAUAAUGGCCAGGGUCGAAAUUAUAGGAAUUUUUAUUUUGUUUACAAGAAAACAACUUUUGCAUUGUUUAGUUCUAGUAUACUGUUAAGUUUUUUUGAAGAAAGUAUAAAAGCGAAUAAGGAUAUUAUUGCACUCAAUUGAGAUUUAUAAGUAUUGGACUAAAUACUGAUGGGGAAAAGCCCACCAAGUCGGUGUCAUCAUCGUUUACUUUCCAUUCAAUACAGUGCCAACAAUGCUAAUGGGAGUGCUGGGUGCAUGGGUACUGGAAAUUGAACUUUACUGCGUAAGAUCAAUUUCUUUAGUUGAAUUUAUGUUGGAUCAAAAAUUACAAAGGAAAAAUGGAGGAAUGAAAUGAGUAGGCCUACUCAUGUAUUUCCAUUUCUGUGUCUGUGAGAAUUAAAUAAUAAUAUUAUAGUGCAACUUGUCAUAUUCCAAGCUAAAUAGAAGUAAAAAAAAAGAUGAAAAUGGCAAAGUAAAACAAUCCACUAGGAAUAGAUCUGGAUGUUAAAAUCGAAAAAAAAAAACCCCAAUGGAAAAGAAUUUAUAAAAUUAUGAAAUUUUAAAGUCAAGUACAAUAUAUCAACACCUGGGACCAAAUUAUUUCCAAACGGAUAAACCAAAAUGUCUCAACAAGUACGACAGUCGUUGGAAAAAUAUCCUCACCAUAAAGUGUUGUUACUGGCUAUUGCUGUAUCAGUUCUGGGCCUUGCAUGUAUUCUUGUGGCGAUUGUUGGAUUUACUUUACGUGUUUGGGGACAUUAUAUGGGAACAGGAUUAUGGUGUGGUACAGUUAUAUUUGCGGCAGGUAUCAGUGGUAUAAUAUCAUCACAAUUUAAAGGCGCUAAAAGUGUGAAAUGUUAUUUUGGUUGUUCUUGUUUUGCUAUUGUUAUGUCUCUUAUUAUGAUUGUUAUGUCGUCUGCUGGACUAGAUUACAGCAGCAACUUUUAUAAACAUGUCGCAUAUUUCAAAGUCAAUCACCAAAAAUCAACAUUUUAUGUUCAUGUGGCAGCUUUAACAUUUUCUUUAUUAAGUUUGAUGGGUAAUAUCACAGCGUUAUUUUUAUGUGCUAGACAUGAUGGUUUUUAUCAACGGAAAAGUAAAAAAUAUAAAAUGACAUGGAGUUCAUCUAGAAGAACAAAUAAUCAAAGUGACUAUUUACGAGCAAGUACCAACAGUAGAUCUGACUUACAAGAAAGAGAAAUUUCUAGUGGAUCUGCGGGAGGACCAAAUAGCAAAGAAACCCCCAAAUUAGGAACUAUAGACAGAACCAGAAGGAAAGACUCUAGCAGCAGCAGACGUUCUAGUUCUGAUCAGCAAAACCGUGGUUGUAGAAGUGAGAAAAAACACAGUCGACGGCACAGUCAGGGUAACCCACCAGGGCCAAAACAAAGAAGUGAAUGCUCAGUACCGGUACAUAAAGAUUCUUUAGAUGAUCAGAGAAAAACUAAACAACAGAGUUAUAGGUCUUUACCUCAUCGUUCACGUCGACCUAAGUCACGACCUCCAUGUGAAGUUGAGGCCAAUGCUGAGUUACUACCCACAGCAUUCAAUGAAGAUGAACUGCCAUCUUAUACAGAUGCUAUUAAACAGCCACCACUUCCGAAAGAGAGGAUCAGGAAUUAUGAAGAAGACAAAGCAAAUGAAGAGUUUCAGUUACAAAGACGUCUUAUUAGUCCUUUGUACAUGGAGAUUCAGGAUCGACCACAGCUCAGUAGAAGAGACUCACAAAGAAACCGAGGAAAUGUUGGUUAUAGUGAACCUCGCCAGUCAGAUGAGCUUAGUCAUGAACUCAGACAAAAUCUUCAAAAUGAAGAAGCUGAACAAAUUCAAAAUGUAACAGAAACUGACAGUAGUAUCCCAUCCACUCCAAGACUUUCAUUUAAGAAUUAUAUCACUGCCUCCCCUCUUGGCAGAGGUUAUGACAUUACUUCGGUUAAUCCAAAUGUGUUAAACAUUCGUGCAUACCCGGACAGAUAUCCCCAACCACAGAUUAAUAGAUCUCUGACACAAAAUUUGCCUGAGUUACCAGCAGUUCCUAAUCAGAAUUUGGUUGUUGAGCAGAACAAUAUUCCUGAAAAUCAUGAUGAAUGCGUAGGCGCACCUGGGGAACAAGCUUGUGACAUGAAUGUAAUGCCCAUAAAUGAUAAGAGACCGGCAUUUAACGCUUUGAAUUCUGAUAUAAAUAUUUCUCCUUCAUUACCAAUAACUAUAGGUUCACCUAGAUCUGCUUUUAGACCGGUCAAACGCAGAUCAUCACAAAGAUCAGUCAAUGAAUCGCAUCUGGAAGAAGGGGCAACAAGUGCUUUAAGCACAUCACCUGAAACUAGGGGUGUAAAUAGAUCAAUUAGUGAACCAAAUGCUAAUGUAUGGAAAAACAUUCUCUUGCCUUCAACAGUCAGACCAGACAGAAAUGGUGAACCUGAUCUUGAUACUUAUACUCAUGCUGCAGCUGAUAGUAACUUACAACCAGCUGAUCAAGGUGCAUCAUUUUCACCUGAUGUCAAUCAUCAUCAUAAUAUGUCAUCAUUUAGUGCUAAUAUGUCAGCAUCAAAUCAACCACAUCUUAUACGCUCCAACAUACAUCAUCAUGGUAUACAAGAAUAUGAUCAUCAUUCUACAGUCGGUUCCCAGUAUCGACCAAUACCUACCUCAAUAUACAACACUCUUCCUAUUCGAUUACAACGAAAUGCACCACAGAUUUCUUCAAAUUCAACUUUAAUGGCAUAUCGUGUUCCAUUAAACCGCCACCAUGGAACACCACCAUUAGAACAACCUUAUAAUCGACAAAAUCAACAACAUAUGGAUCAAUCACAAGAUAGUGAUUUACCUUUUUAUAGUCAAAUACUUUAGGCAGUGGUUAUUUUAUUGAUUCUUGUACAAGUAUUUUCAUAACUGGACGAUGCACUAUGAAAAUGGUCAUGCUGUGCUGAUUAUCACACAUGUAUUGUUAGUGGUUAAAUUAGUUGUUAUUAAAAUACAGAUGUGAUGUCAUCCUUUGAUGUUGGCAAACCAUCAUUUCAAAUAAUGGUACGGGCAGUGUGCCAAGCAUAUAUUAUUUAUACUAGUUGAAAUUUUGGACCCGUGUGACAUAUAUCAUUGCAAAAUACAUGUGAGUGUCUGUAUUUUAAGUUGUUUAAUGGUCUCGAGCUUAAGAUGUUGGGUAAUAUAUCGAAACAACACGAAUGCCUCGCUCUCGACCAUUAAACCACACUUAAAGUACCGGUACUAGUGAACAAUAAAGUACAACAAACUUUAAUAAACAUGCCUAGAGAUUUUAAGUUCCUAGAAAAGUUCAAUGGAUGUGAAGUGAUAUAUCAUCAUUAUAUAUUAUAGAUAACUACUGUACAUAACUAUUUACUGGUUCUCCGAAUAUCAGUGCUUACAGGUAUAAUCUGGAUGCACUUACAUGUAAUGGAGAAAUCUUUUUUAUACACAAGUUAGUGAUAUGGACCAUGUUUUUUGAAAAGUGUAAUUGAAGGUAAAUACAUUGGGUAAAUUAGGAUGAUUAUUUACAUAGCUUGCUGUUUUAGACUUUGCUCAGUUUAUAUUUUACUUACCUGUUAAAAGUGAUAUAUUGUUUUUGCAUGCCCAUAUUUAAUGUGGAUGCAUAUUGUUGUCAACUGUAUCCAUCUGUCCAUCCAACUUUCCAUGUGAACGCUCUACAUUUGCAGGGAUUGUUUAUUUGAUCGAAAGUAAGACCUAAAGUGAAAUCAAAAGUUUUAGACUAAGUAAAUUGUAGUGUCCUGUCCCCAUUUACAUUCAAAUUUAUGAAAGUUCUUGAACAGAAUACAGGACAAUUCUUAAUGGAGUUUUAGGGUAUAACGAUGAUUUUUUUACAUUUUCGUUACGUAAAAUUUUGAACUUGUUCUGCCAAUUUAUAUUUUUGGUUAUAUUUUGACUUGUAAAGCAUGUUAAGUUCUUGAUGGAAUUUUUAAAAACAAGGUAGCAUUGUUCAUUUGGAGUUGUGUUUCUGUUCAAAUUUGGACUGUAAAAGCUUGUGAAUGUGAUGCAGAAAAAAGUUCUCAAUGGAAGCAUUUAAAAACAUGAUGGGAUUGCUCACAGGGCAUAAGGGGAAUCCAUUUGAAUAUUAGGAUCAUAUAUUUCAUCAAACGCAUUUUGUCAAGAUAUUUUUCCAUUUACAUAUUUACUUCUAAAACUUUCUAUAGUUCAAACAGACUUCAGAGUUCAUAAUAGAUUUGUUAAAACUUGUACUGUGGGAUUUUUUGACAAUGAUUUUAGAUUUAGCACUAACGACUUUGCUGCUAGAAGGUGUAUAGGGGGCCUGAUAAGUCCCCUUCUAUGUUUUAAAUUUACUGUAUAUAAUUAAUUAUUGUGCCUUUCAUUUGCAUUUUGAGCAAAAAAAUUAUAUAUAUACUUAUAUUUUAAUGACCAGUAUAUUACAUGUACCAGUAUAUUAAUGGUCACACAAGUGCUACAAAGUAUUUGCCCUUUCACUGGCAUCUGCAAUAUAGCUGUGUGAAAGAUAUUGUAAGGUUCCCUGCCUAACCAUGAAAGUUUUUAUCCGGUUUCCACACCCACUGAAGAUUAGUGUGCACAAAAGAAUUAUUGGACUAAAGAUGUGCUGACAUAUUUUAGUCCCAAAAUGACCUAGUUUGUGUUGAGUAGACAUUGAAUUAAACCGUAUUUCUUUAACACUACAAAUGAAAAUACAAAUAGCCAUGUUCGCUGAUCGCAUUCCAUUACAAGCCAUUGUUGAUUAGGGAUUGAAUAUUCGUAAUUUUCCACUUGAUAGUUGUAAAUAGUUGGUGCUCUGUUGUAUUUAUUAUGAUACAUAACUGACUGAAGUGAUACUCAAAUUACUGCAGAUAAUACGGUUGUGGUGUAGCUCCAGCCGGAAUUAUCUCCAGUUUUGUCCACCUGUAUUAGUCCAUACCAAAUAGCCUCAUUUUAACUGACACUUGAGAAAUUUUGGUCUGGAGUUAUCAAGACUAAUUGUUGUGACAAAGAUUUUGCAAAUGUAAAUGUGAUCCUACAUAAUUUUAGGUUUUUUAACAAUAAAUAUCUUUUUAAGUUUUAUUACAGUCGCAGGUUUAAUGAAAUUACAAUGAACAAUACUUUGUUACGAAAUUUAAUGUUUAACUGAUUUUAAAACAAUUCCCAAUCUAUACCAGUACUCAUUUAUAUGGUUUUGAAAUCAGAUAUUCUGAUAAAUAACUGGCGAGUGCUUAAAAGCUAUAAAAUAUGGAUAUGUCAUUAAAUUUUCUGAGGUAAAAUGUUAAUAUUAUUAGUAACAAUUACAUGUAUAUGUAUACAAAAGGUAGGGUAAUUGUACUUGGUAUAGAUAUUAAAUUUGUGCCUCAUUGCCAACGUAAACACAUCAUUAAAUGUAUUGGCAGAGUCAGUUAUUUCUCUUUCUUUUAUUUUGUGGCAAAUACUGUAUUACAUAAACCAAUUUUAUGUUAUUGAAUAUAUGAAAUGACUGUGAUUAUAGAUUUGCUUUGUCUGUGCUAAGACCAGUAUAAACUGCUGAGUGAUUACAAAUCUGCUUUACCUAAUGUAUUCAUGAACAUCUAUAUAGACCUGUAGAGCCUACAGACAAAAUAAAUUAUAUUACAAAAUUUAUUUUAAGUAAAUUAAGAUUGUAGCACAUGCCCCAUCAUGGUUAUUUCUACAUGACGUGAUAGAGAUAGUUGACAUGAUGAAUCAAGAUUUUUUUAAACUGCCUUAAACAGGUACAGCCUUAACUAUUAUAAGCUUUGUAUGGAGUUUUAUAUGAUAUGUGUAGGUGUAAAAAAGAACCACACCUUUAUUUGAAUGCAUGCAGUACUUCAAUACUUUAUUUUAUAUACCUGUAUGUACAAUAGACUAAAGUUUGUGAACUCAUGUUAUAAAUAGUGUAGUUAGAACAUGUGAUAUAUUUAAUUUAGUGUAACUUACUAGUCAAUAAUAUUUAUUGAAAUAUGACACAAGAUCAAAAGACUAACAUUAUUUAAGUGUAAUUAAUUACUAUGCAAAUACUAUGCCUACAUGUAUUAUUUACUAAUCAGUCUUUCUAUUUUCUGAAAUUCAAAAUUGUCAUUGUUGUUUUUUUUUCCUCGUAUCUGUUUUUCUAUUCAAUUAUGUAUUAUCAUAUAUCUAUAUUUAUAUUAUACAUGUAGGAAUGAACUUGUAAUGAAUCUGGUUCGGUUCUUUUUUUUUUUAAUAAUUACUCUUCAUAUCUGUCUCAGUCAAUCUAGUUCUACUGAUAUUUCUAUUUGCAAUAAAUUUAUUGAUAUUUAUUUAGUUUUAAAACAUAUUAACUUCAUGUGAAAUAAUGUGAUUCAAAUGAUAUGAUAUGCCUUUUUUGAAUUUUAGUUUUCCUGGUAUAUUGGGUCAAUUGUGCAUUACCGCAUGCGGCGGUCACAAUAAUCUGCAUAGAUAAUCUUAGUUGGCUUGGAUUCAAUCUGAUUAAAAAGAGGCCGUUGAAAAAAUUUACCAACACGUGGUACUGGCCUGUUUAUAUCAUCUGCAGAAUGUUACGAAAUUGUCAGUUCAUAACUUUUAAAUAUUGAACGGAUUUAAACCACUUUUGGACUCGUCAUCUUUUUGAGACUUAACUUUUGCAAUAUGUAGAAUGCAGUGAGAAAUCUAUGUUGGCACAAUGGAAAUAAAAACAGUUCAGGACUUCAAAUGGCCAAAGUCAAUACCCUACGUUAGGGUUGAUUGAUUUGAAUUAUUUAUAAAAUGAUAUUUGGGGUUUUUUUUAAAGAUUGUUUUACAGGGUGUGGUCCUAAACUCUAUAUUUGACUUUUUAUCUGGCUUGAUCUCCUUUUUAUUAAGAAUAUUAUAAAUUUUGUAGAUAAUGCUUUCUUUGUCAAAAACAAAUUUUCUAUUGCAUUUCAUAAUUUUAGGCUGUAUAACACAUACUAACAAAUUUUUGAUAAUCUUAUGUUAUAUCAUGAACUAGGAUUGUAGUCUGAUUAUUGUAUGUAUGUAUUAUUAGAAUAAAUUAUGCAUAUCAGCUUUUAUAACAAAAAAUAAAUCAUAUCAACAUAA